GGUGAAGUGGGAGAUUGGUCAAACGAUGGAGCAACCCCAACCAAUGAAACCAAGCCUGCGGUUUCGACUAGUCCCCCUGCAAAAUCAACGUCUCCCGAACAGAAGGAAGAAAUAAAAACCGUGAUAAAAACAGAACCGGAAGAGAAAACCCCUCGAAUACGCCUCAAAGCGAAUCUAGCGACUGAUCCCGCCAUUAAUCUAGCAAAUCUAAAAAGUGAAGCCGAAAGCAGUCAGUCUCCAAUAAGCGCUGAAUAUUUAGCGUCGCUACAAACUGUCUUGGCUUCUAGAGCGUUUCUAUUACCGAAUAUAGCUGAAACUGCCGCCAGGCAAACUGCAGAAACUGAGAAUAGAGCCCCGAGCGUGCCGAUCUUCCAAUGCCAGCCUUGCGGUAUAAGAUUCUCAUCCCUGAGCACUUUGGAGGCUCACCAGACAUAUUACUGUUCGCAUCGUGCUAACAAACCGAGUAACGACGACGAUGCCAAGUCGACAAGUGCCGAUCCAGGCGGCAACCAGUCCGAUCAGGAUCCGUCGGAACCGAGCAACAAGAAUAUUAGAACAGGAAAACAGUACACUUGCACGCAUUGCUCUUACAGUGCGGAUAAGAAAGUCAGUCUGAACAGACACAUGCGAAUGCACACAGUCUCACCUAGUCCAAUUAACGUAACCGCUGCUGCUGUUUCUAAUGGAGACAACGCACCAGAUAGUCAAGACAAAUACUGCGCCGAAUGUGAUAUAAGGUUUAGCUCGCAAAAGACGUUCAAGGCCCACAAAAUGCACUACUGCAACUCCAGACAUAAUGCUAAAGGUGGCACUAACGCUAACGUUAAGGCUGCAUCCAGUUGCACAUCUGGCUCGUCCCCAACUUCCCCGGUGGAAUCCACGACUUGUCGGACGCCGCCUUCGCCGUCCUCUGCGCAACAAAUGCCGCCCCAGCAACCUUUCUUAGCUCUACCAACUAACCCGAUCAUAAUCGUGCCAUACUCAUUGUUCAGAAGCGCUAGCGUUCUCCCGGGUCUAACAGGCCUACCAGUCGGCAUAGCAAAUCCAGAAGGCCCUUGCUUUUUGAUGCCAAAUGGUACCCUUCAACCCAUGACUUCUGCUAUUAAUCCGGCUACUCCAAAACCUGCGGAAGUCCUAAAAACUUCAAAUAAACCCAAAGAAACUUCGGUUAUAAGAGAUUCGUCGCUACCGCUAGACUUAAGCGUUAAAAGAUCUCACGACGACGGGGACUUGGUUAUAGAUUUCGGCGAUGAGCAUGAAAAAGAGAACAAAAGAAGAAGGUCGCCUAGUCCUGAAAAAAUAGAAUGCGUCCCCUCCAUUCCGGGUUCCCCGCCGUCAACGCCAGUUUCUCAAGGCAACUCCCCAGCCCUGAGCAUCUCCCCAAAGAGAAAACAAGACGAGACCUCAAGAAGCUGCAGUCCCAGAUCGUUAAGCAAAACCCCCAAAUCGAAUAUGAUGGAAAAAUCUCGAAGUCCCGACGGAAACGUUCCUCCAUUCGAGAUAUCCCCAGCAUUGCACCCUUUGCUGAUGAGAGCAGGCGGGUUACCGUUAUUCACUCCAGAGGUGCAGAUGCGGUUAGCUGAAAUACCACAAAUUCCCUCAUUUACACCUCAAGUUUUGGUGAAACAAGGCGUAUCCAAAUGCAAAGAGUGCAACAUAGUUUUCUGCAAACAUGAAAACUACGUUGUUCACAAAAAACAUUAUUGUUCAGCGAGGAUGCAGGACGAUGACACCUCCAAAACCUCCGGUAGCCCACCCGUAAGCCCACGAAGCACCGGAACCACAUCCCCUGGACAGUACCAGCAACUUAUAUGCCUAGCUUGCGGCAUCAAGUUCACUUCACUGGACAAUUUAAACGCCCACCAAGCCUAUUACUGCUCCAAAAAGAACGAGAACGAAGUCAGAAAGUGCGGGAAAUGCAGAGGCAUUCUAGAACCGGGACAUCAGUGUCAUCCUCCAGCUCCUUUGGCAGGAUGGAAAUGCCCCUGCUGUGACGUCAUCAGUCCUACGGCGAGCGCUGCGCAAAGGCACAUGGAAACCCACACCGGUGUAAAGGCUUAUAGAUGUAAAAUAUGUAAAUACAAAGGAAAUACUUUGAGAGGGAUGAGGACCCAUAUUAGAAUGCACUUCGAUAAGAGAUCUCCGGAUUUACAGGAGGAAAAAUACAUUUCAUACAUUCUCGAAGACGAUGCCUCCAAUACAAUGGAGGUCAGCGUAGCUCCAGGUCUUGUCGGACCAGUGGAGCGCCCCCCAGCCUCACCUCCAGAACCUAAAGCUGAAUUGCCCCCCUUAAUUUGUCCCCAUUGUCCAUACACAUCUUCCUCGAAGAGUACCAUCCUGAGACACAUCGUGCAGGUGCACGAAAACCAAAACUCUGAAGAAACAGUUAAUGGCGACGAUAAAAGAAAAUCGAUGCCAUCUUUGGAGGAAGAAGAGGAAGAUGAGAUAAUCGUGAAAAAAGAAGCUAUAGAACCCGAAAUAAUCAUAACCAAUCCGAUUGAAGAUAUAAAACUGGAAGAAGAGACGGAUCCGAGAGCGACAGCGUUGGAACAGGACGAUCUUCAGGAGGCCAGUAAACCUGGCCAAAAGUACUGCAAAUCGUGCGAUAUCUAUUUUAAUUACUACUCGACUUUUAUAGCUCACAAGAAAUUUUAUUGUUCAAGUCACGCCGGCGAAAUCACGGCCAAUUCGGCCAACAAUAACAAUAAUCCGCCUAGCAGACCUGCUGAGGCGUCUGUACAGUAG